GUUGGUUGGUGUAAUCCUUUUUCAGAGAGGUCCCACUCUCAACUCUGAAUAAGAGAGCCAGUCUCAGUAGAGAGCAGCAGGGCCUUGGCUCCAACUUCUACCAGCUAUUGUGGGAUCUUUGCACUACACGCGAAGCCUUCCGAAUACUUUGAAAAUACACGAUAAACUGAAGCCGCUUUGCUCUCCGUUGGAUGCACAAGAUCCCCAUUUUGUUUGACUAGAUUGUUUGGUCCACUGCCCAAUAUUAAUCCCACCAGCCAAAAAUGUGAUCACAUCAUAGUGUUGUUUAUGGGAUCUUUCUGUGCCCAGAAUGUAAGUGUCGUGUCGCUUUCCCUUAAAAUUGUUGAACAAUUAAAUGGUCUGCAUUUCAAAGUUUGCAAUGACAGUAGUUUAAAAGCUCUUGCUGAAAUCCUGUCGCCGUAUUUUCUUUCACCAUCUCAGAGUAAUUGUUCUGACGAAACAUUUACAUUCUUCACCCUGAUGAUUCGGUGGGACCCACAGAGUCACAAUUCGAAGUUACAGCUUUAUUCCGUCCUUUAAACGUUUUCUGUGCGCUAAUUUCUCAUGUUUGCCUAGAGAGACGUGCAAAGCACACGGCGCGGGAUCAGAAAUUAUAGUGGAAAUUGCCUCUUUAAGUCGAGUUCCCUCAAUUAAGUACAGCUAGCUGGUGAAAUCACGUCGAGCCCGUACGUGUGAUGAACAUUGAGCUCAGCUGGACGGCAUGCGGCGGUGGCCAAACCUCCAGCCACACGUUCACUCAUUCACUCAGUGCAAUACAAACAAUGGCGGAAAGCAGCUAGGAAAAGGCGUUUUGUGUUUACCUCAGUGUUAAGGAAAAGCUGUGAUUCGUUUUCCCGCGGGCAAACGAACUUAUGCACAACCUAUAUGUUCGCCAUGGAAGGCGCAGCGGAGAAUCCGAAUCGAGCUGUGGAAUAUCUAAAAGAGCUAAAUAAAAUAAUCGAGACUCAGCAAGAGUUGCUGGAGAACCAGAAGAUGCGCAUCGAGGAGCUGGAGCAGCAAGUGGCCGAGCUCUGGAAGGAAAAUGCUUCUCUCAAAGAGGAACACCAGCGGCAUCUGGCCACUUGCCGUUUGCAGAGCGCCAAUUAUACGCCUCUAGCUUCAAUUAAAGAGGACCUAAAACAAGAAGAUCUAAAGUAUGAAGGAGAGAGCUCAAGAAGUGUCAGUGUGGAGGGUGAUGCUGCAGGAAGUGAGACCGGCACUUCUCUUGACAGCCCCUCAAGCUACAGCCACGGCCCAAUAACUCUCAGUGCUGCUGCUAGCCCUGAUCAGUUUGAUGGUUCUUCACUGGUGUCAUUCCCUGUCUCACCUGGUCAGCAACGUCCUAGGAGGCCAAAGCUUCAGCAUUCCACCUCCAUAUUACGAAAACAAGCAGAGGAAGAUGCAAUCAAGCGAUCAAGAUCAUUGUCAGAGAGCUAUGAACUCUCAUCAGAUCUUCAGGAUAAACAGGUGGAAAUGCUUGAGCGUAAAUAUGGAGGACGUUUCAUAACCAGACAUGCAGCCCGAACUAUUCAGACAGCAUUCCGCCAGUAUCAAAUGAACAAAAACUUUGAAAGACUAAGAAGUUCUAUGUCUGAGAAUCGCAUGUCCAGGCGCAUUGUGUUGUCCAAUAUGAGAAUGCAGUUUUCUUUUGAAGGACCUGAGAAAGUCCACAGCUCAUUUUUUGAGGGAAAACAGGUGUCUAUGACCGAUGAUGCAGGAAAAUUAGGAGCUAUUGUUCCGUCAGAUUGUGGAGAUCUUGGAGAUCCAGCAGUGAUCAAGUCUCCAGCUACAAACAAUGAUUUUGCUGAUGCAAUAACUGAACUUGAGGAUGCUUUCUCAAGACAAGUAAAAUCACUGGCAGAAUCAAUUGAUGAUGCACUAAACUGUCGUACCUUGCACACUGAUGAUGGGCAUCCUACUGAUCAGGGCAAACGUUACAAAGAAAACAUGCAAAAAGAGGAAGAAUUGGACAGUGUAUCUUAUGCUAAGUCUGUGCAUGAUGCUGAGCGCAGAAAAUUGGAUGAAAUGUCUGCUUCAUACAGUGAUGUAACUCUGUACAUCGAUGAGGAAGAGCUCUCUCCGCCACUUCCUUUGUCAUUACAGUCUGCAGACAGGCCAUCCAGCACAGAAUCAGAUUUACGACUCCGUUCAGUGAAUUCUGCUCAGGAAUACUGGUCUAUGACCCACAGGGAUGAUAAACUAGACACUGAUACAAGCUGCAGAAGCACUCCUUCCUUGGAGUGUCAGGAGCCAAGGCUUCGUGUUGACCACCUCCCUUUACUAACAAUUGAGCCACCCAGUGAUAGUUCAGUAGAUUUAAGUGACCGUUCAGAAAGAGGAUCGCUAAAGAGACAAAAUGCAUAUGAGCAAAAUCCCAAUAGCCAACGUGGAAGUCCCAAACAUAUAUCUCACUCAGUUCCUACAAGAGUGCACCAUCGUGAUGAAGAACCUGCUCGGCAUCGACCACGGCAGAUUGAUAGUCAUCUUGCUAUCAAUGGCUCAGCAAAUCGGCAAAGCAAAUCAGAGUCUGAUUUUUCUGAUGGGGACAAUGACAGUAUUAAUAGCACUUCGAAUUCCAAUGAUACAAUAAACUGUAGCUCAGAAUCCUCUUCGAGAGAUAGUUUACGAGAACAAACUUUGAGCAAGCAAACAUAUCACAAGGAAACACGAAACAGCUGGGAUUCCCCUGCAUUUAGCAAUGAUAUCAUUAGGAAACGCCACUACCGAAUUGGUCUAAACCUCUUCAAUAAGAAGCCCGAGAAAGGUAUACAGUACUUGAUAGAACGUGGAUUUGUUCCUGAUACUCCUGUUGGUGUUGCACACUUCCUUCUGCAGAGAAAAGGCCUUAGCAGGCAGAUGAUUGGCGAGUUUUUGGGCAAUCGUCAGAAACAGUUCAACCGAGAUGUUCUUGACUGUGUAGUUGAUGAGAUGGAUUUUUCAGGAAUGGAAUUGGAUGAAGCACUCAGAAAGUUUCAAGCACACAUUCGGGUCCAAGGCGAAGCUCAGAAAGUAGAGCGUCUUAUUGAAGCUUUCAGCCAACGUUACUGUAUCUGCAAUUCUGGAGUUGUGCGACAGUUCCGAAAUCCUGAUACAAUCUUUAUCCUAGCCUUUGCAAUAAUUUUGCUGAAUACAGACAUGUAUAGCCCUAAUGUGAAACCAGAACGUAAAAUGAAACUGGAGGACUUUGUCAAAAACUUGAGAGGGGUGGAUGAUGGAGAAGACAUCCCUCGAGAAACACUAAUAGGAAUUUAUGAACGAAUCCGCAAAAGGGAACUCAAGACCAAUGAGGAUCAUGUGUCCCAAGUCCAGAAAGUCGAGAAAUUGAUUGUUGGAAAGAAACCAAUUGGAUCUCUGCAUCAUGGACUUGGUUGUGUACUUUCACUACCCCAUCGAAGAUUAGUCUGUUAUUGCCGAUUAUUUGAGGUUCCAGAUCCAAAUAAGCCUCAGAAACUUGGCUUACACCAGCGAGAGAUCUUCUUAUUUAAUGACCUGCUAGUGGUUACAAAGAUCUUUCAAAAGAAGAAAAAUUCAGUGACCUACAGUUUCCGGCAAUCCUUUUCCUUGUAUGGGAUACAAGUUCUUCUUUUUGAAAAUCAGUAUUACCCAAAUGGAAUCCGACUUACUUCAGCUAAUACAGGUGCUGACAUUAAAGUCCUUAUUAAUUUCAAUGCCCCAAAUCCACAGGAUCGUAAAAAAUUUACCGAUGACCUUCGUGAAUCUAUUGCAGAGGUUCAAGAAAUGGAAAAGUACAGGAUAGAAUCUGAGCUGGAAAAGCAGAAGGGAGUUGUACGGCCAAGUAUCUCUCAAGCAUCAGGCCUGAAAAAGGAACCUGGUAUUGGUACAUUAAGCAGGACCAGCCUGGAUGAUAGUUAUGCCACUGGGGAGGGGUUAAAGAGGACCGCCCUAAGCAGUUCACUCAGGGACCUUUCCGAAGCAGGCAAGCGUGGGCGCCGCAGCAGUGCAGGAUCGCUAGACAGCAAUAUGGAAGGGUCAGUCAUUAACAGCCCGCACGUACAUCGAAGAGUCAGCUCAUCUACACGAGGAGAAAAUCCAAUCCGUCCACAUCAGACAAUGUCAAAUUCAUCAUCAUUGCUUGGUUCUAUAUUUGGCAGUAAAAGAGGAAAAUCAUCCCAGGGUUAUACUCUAGCAGGACCAUCUCAGCAGCUUCCAUAUCCUCCACAUCAGCAACAUUCCUCAGCUCUGCAUCACACAGGUCAGACAGAAAUACCGUCCCAGCAGCUGCAUGCACACCAUUCCCAAUUCUGUCAUGUGCAGCAAACACAGCCUCUACCACCUCCUUAUCACCACCAUCAUCACUACCACCCUCCUCAACAUGCGCAGUUCCCUCAUCAGCAUCACCAGCACUUAUCGCAUUCCCAGCACGCCCCCUAUGUGCAACAGCACCCCCAUGCAGUUCACCCUCCUGUGCCUAUUUCCCAUUCCCAGCAUUCUGCUCAUACUCAGCAUCUUCAUGGCCAGCAACCGCCAUCUGCUCCUAGCACAAGCAAGACCAAACACACAAGUGGCAUCAGUACAAUAGUGUAGGAGGAAAAGAGAAAUUAAAAAUGUUGUAUGCUUGUAACUUCACAAGAAAGCUGCACUGGCACUUAAAUGCAGCAAUAUACAAAUCUAACUUGCAAACUUGAAAGCACUUGAAAAUACUACAGUGUAUUAUUGAUAGUAGCCCACGGAAAAAUUGAAUUUACAGUCCUAGUACAAAAUUAGAAGUAAAAUAAUUGACAUGGUCCUUCAGGCUACCCAGGGGAAAAUUUUCCUAGGUUUCUUUACCUUGCUUGAGACAGGUUGAAACCUUUCGUGCUGUUUACCAUUCAGUGCUUGUACUGUUAGUUUUCCAGUAGUUAAAACAUGUUUUAUUUCCCUUGGUGUACCUCCUUACAGCUGUUUUGUUAUUUCAAAUUUGGCAGCCUAUAACAAAAUACCUGAUGUGGUUCAAAUGAUUUGAGAGUUGCUUUGUGACAAUGGAUUCUGACAGUGGAAGAAAUGCUUAUAUAAACAGAAAAUUGUUCUGGUGGCUUUGUUUGAAUUCUAAUCUUUGAUAGUUUAAUUGCACAUAGAAAGUAAUGGCUAGUAACCUGAAGCUGCAAAAUAAGCCUUGCUUUAAAAAAAAGUUGUUCAACUAUUCACAGAGACUUAAAAUUGUAGAAUUUUGGGCAACAAUAAACACUUUAAGUAUUUAUUCAGCUUAGCCCCUUAUAACAAACACAUCAUAAAUAAUCUUUAUUAAGUGUGCCAACUAUACCAUCACUUAAUACUUUAAUCAAAAUUUGCUUUAGGUAUAACAUGCAUAUUUUAAUAAGAGACACUGCACACCUAUUUGACUUCAGUAUUGAAAUUAAUAUAAUUAAUAUUCUAGGUGAGCUAACUAAUGAAAGUUAUUGCUGUUUGCUAUUCAGUUGGCAUCUGAUUAUGUGAACUUGCCAUCCUUCAUUCCAAAGCACUGCUUAUCAGUUGGAGACAAAUGAAGGUAAAACUUAAUAGGUCAAAAUUUACUUGAUCUGUUUACGUACAGUAUAAACAUAACUUCAUGUACAUACACAAAUAUUCUGAAGUCUGCACUGAGAGUAAUUAGCAGGUGAUAGCAAAACCUUCAAAGGUGAAAUUCCAUUUUCUUAAGAAAGAGAGAGAGAUAUAUUUUUUUGCUUCAAAGUACAUUGCACUCAGCAGGCUGAGUACAUCUCGCACUCACAUCACUGUCAUACUUUUUUUCUGAAAUUUAAAACUUUGUCCCUUUAUUUCAAAUGUGGAUUGUUGAUAUCGCCUAAUAUCAAACUAUUGCAGCAGACACAUGGUUGAUGUGACAGCACUAGUAAGCUUGCAAAGUAAUGUAUUCAGUGAUAAAGUGAAAGGUCUGCUAAAAGUGAAGGAACAUCACUGGCCUGGACCAUUCUAAAAUAAGACCAGCUCAGACUCUUUAUUUUCUAAAAAUAACAGUUUCCCCUACAAAAAUGCCAGCAAAUCUAUGAACUGAGCACUUUGUUAGCUGCCAUAGAGAGCAAAUACAGCAAAUAGAGUUUAGCCUUUUUUUUCCAGUUUUGUUUCCAGUGUGUGCAAUAUUUUCUUACAGUUACAGUAUGUACUACGAAGUGAGAAUAUAUGUCAGGCUUAUUAAUUUAAUCAUUCUUGAACAACUUGGAUCACAUUGUCUUAUCACUCUACUUGGACUAAUUCCUGAGAUUCUGUUCCUUUCUGUAUAAAGAAUAAUGUGUUCUCAAUGAAACAGACUAUCUUGCAUGUCAUUUAAUGUUAAUAUUGUGAGGCUACACUCUACAUACUGUAUAUUUGCAAAAUUUCAGUGUUGACAUUAAAUAUAGUUGAGGUAAAUUGAUCUCAUAUUAAAAUACUUAGACUGUUUCUUCAUACCUCUGUACUUAUAACUAUAGUCUAACUAUAAUCUAAAACUUGUUCCAAAAAAGAUCUGGUUGCCAUUCUAGAUGAUAGUGGUGGGGGAGGCACUUGUUCCAAGUCCCUCUAGGAAUUGCACAAUAACCCCUUCAUGAAUACUAUUGUUUGUUACUUAUACUGUGCAUAAAUUGUUUGAGAUUAUCGUGAACUUUCAUUGUAAAUAAAAAUGUAUUAAAUUAGGAAUAGUGUGGAUUAUUUUUUAUAUUUACUGCUUAAAUAUCUGCAUUAUCAAUUUGUCCUGGCUUCUGUAUAGAUGUGCCUGAAAGUUGAUGUGUAAAUGAUUUCCAACACAUGGCGUAUGUCAUUUGUAAAAUUCUGACUGAAGCAUAUACUUUCAUGAAGAUGUUGGAUAUUUCUCUUUUUUUAUUUUUACAAAUAAUUUCUACCAAAUGAUGCCAGACUAAGAAGAGAACAUUAUAUGGCUUGUAAUUCACCCACUUUAUCUUGCAGAUGUUGCAGACCUGAUCUUUUCUGGAAUAAAACAACUAAUGUGUAUUUGUAUUGAGUUUUUUAAGUUAAGAAUGAAAUGUAUCAUAAUGUGAUUUUUUUGGAUAAGAUCACUUUAAUAUUAGUGUACAAGUAUUGUAAUGCUUACAAAGGAGAGAAAGCUGCAACCAUCUGAUGUCAAAUGUUUUCCCAUCUUGCAAUGCAUGCUGCAGAAGCCUCUUGCUUCUGGUAACAAAGAACUGAAUGAACGUCAGCAAAUACAAGUUAAACUUUUGAUGUUAAAUUACUGUCUCAUGUAAAGCAAUGUGUUACUGCAGUCCAGCAUGUAUUUAGGUUUGUACUCAUUGUACAAAGUCAUUUGACACUGCCACAUCUGCCUGCAAAUAUAGCAAAGUAAUUGUGUACAUAGACUAAAAAUGGAAUACUUUAUCUCAAGGGUGAGAUGGGAAAGGGAGUGGGAAAAUAUAUUGAAGGUGGGGUUAAUGAAUAGACAGUUCUUUAAUUUGUAUAUAUCUGUAAAUUAGUUUUAUCAAUAUGUCCAUAGUCAUUAUAGGGUUGCAUUAUUUCUGUUCCUGAACUAUCGUAAUGCUUAGAUCUAUUGUACUUCUGUGGCAGCCAUGUCAGACUGUUUGCUUGUUGCAAGCAAGGAGUUCUUAAAAGCAUACUCAUUUAUUGUCAGAUGCUUUCAAGAAUCCAUGCAUUGCAACUGAUUUGCAACUAAGAUCCAUUUAUUAUGUACAUGAGGAGAGGAGUGGAUUCAUUCUAAUAUGCAUUAUGGUUGUAAGUAGUUCACAACCCUAUCCAUGUCAAACUAUGACUGUGAUAAUGUGGAGAACGCAAAAUAAAUCAUACAUAACUACUAUGUUUGUCUUUUUU